CCGUCGCCGGGCUCCGUCGUCCAGCUCUGCCGCUCGCGCCGCUUCGUCUUCUUAGCGCCUGAGGCGGCCGCCCGGCGGGCGUGUGGGUUUUCCCCCUGCCGCUGCCGACCGCGGUCCAGGACCAUGUCCCGAAAGCAGGCGGCGAAGAGCCGUCCCGGCAGCGGCAGCCGGAAAGCCGAAGCCGAGCGCAAGCGGGACGAGCGGGCAGCGCGUCGGGCCCUAGCCAAGGAGCGGAGGAACCGGCCGGAGUCCGGCGGCGGCGGCGGCUGCGAGGAGGAGUUCGUCAGCUUUGCCAACCAGCUGCAGGCCCUGGGGCUGAAGCUGCGGGAGGUGCCGGGGGACGGCAAUUGCUUGUUCAGAGCUCUUGGUGAUCAAUUGGAGGGACACUCACGAAAUCAUCUUAAGCACCGACAGGAGACAGUGGACUACAUGAUAAAGCAGCGGGAAGAUUUUGAACCCUUUGUAGAAGAUGACAUUCCUUUUGAAAAACAUGUGGCCAGUUUGGCAAAGCCUGGUACUUUUGCUGGCAAUGAUGCAAUUGUAGCCUUUGCAAGAAAUCAUCAGUUGAAUGUGGUGAUUCAUCAACUUAAUGCCCCUUUGUGGCAGUUUCAGAUACUUCGUCAAGAUGAAUCAAAUAAAAGAGAAAAGAUCAAGACAAAAGGAAUUGACUUUGAAGAUGACCUGAGAGAUGAAGUAGAGGAUGCUGUUCAGAAAGUCUGUAAUGCCACUGGAUGUUCAGAUUUUAAUUUAAUAGUCCAGAACCUGGAAGCUGAAAAUUAUAAUAUUGAAUCUGCAAUAAUCGCCAUGCUUCAGAUGGACCAGGCAAAAAGAAAUAAUACAGAGGAGAAUCUUGAGCCCGGUGGUCGAGUGCUGAAGCAAUGUGGCCCUUUAUGGGAGGAGGGUGGCAGUGGUGCCAGAAUCUUUGGAAAUCAGGGCUUAAAUGAAGGCAAGGCUGAAAACAGCAAGGUACGGGCCAGCCCUAGCGAAGAAGACAAAGCAAAUAAGAACCAGCUCCCAAAGGUCACAAAUAAACAGAAGAGAGAGCAACAGCGGCUGGAGAAGAAAAAACGACAGGAGGAAAGGCACCGUCACAAAGCCCUGGAGAGAAGUAGCCACAGGGACAACAACAGAAGUGAAGCGGAUGCGAACACACAGGUCACCUUGGUGAAGACCUUUGCUGCUCUCAACAUCUGACACCCUGGCCUCCUGGGAGUUAAAUAAAAGCCGGUGGAAAAUGGAGUGCUGCGGAUCAGGCUUUCCAGUGAGGCCGUCUUUUUACAAAGUGAAACACAACCAAGAAAACCCACACCUAAGCUCGCACACAGAGUUAGUUUCUUUCAGGCUGCCUGUUUUUGGUUCAGUUUUGUCAGUGAUGUGUUUUGUUUAAUGAAAGUGCAGUGAAGCCAUUCAUACUGUGUUAUACAAAUACAAAAUACUGAGUGUUAGAGGUGGAUGAAUAGGUCAGGAACAAACCUUUGAAGUGUGGCUUUAUUUGCCCUAAAAAUCGGAGUUCAGCGACCCUGAGAUCUUUCCUUAACACUUGGGGUGAGUUUUGCUAUAAUCGUUUGUGAAGUAGUUUAGAGUAAUUGUUAGAAAGUCAGAAUGACAAGCUUCCUUGGUUUCACUUUCAUUUUCAAACAGAUAUUAACAUAUAGAGUAAUUUAUAAAUGAUCUCCAACUCAGGAACCUGUGAGAUUUAAUUUUCUUCUAAUCCAAGUUACUCAGAAAAUAAUUCAGGAAUUGUUCUCCCAAAGGUGAUAUGAGGGUGUGGCCUGUAGUCAGGAUGGAAAUUAAAAAAACAAACAAACAAACUAUACUUCUUUUCUUCCUGAGGCUGAUGUCACUUCAUAUGGCUGCAGGUGCUGUUAGUUCAUUUGCACUCAAGCCAUAUGAUAAAUGUACCUGACUGUUAAUUGGGCCUGGGCAUUUCUGGGAGGUUGACAGAAUUGUCUGGUCUUUGGUUCUUAUUUCCUGACAACAGGAAAAUGGCGGGUUACCGCUUGUGAUGCAGUUGGGAAUUCUAUAGAGCAGGGUCUGUAGUUGCAGAAGGACAACAGGGGAUUCCUGGGGUUUUACCUAGGAGGAGAGUAAAUAAUUAUUUGCUUUUAUGGGAGGAGAAAUCUGGAAGAAUGUCAAAGGUUUUUCAUGUUCACAUGAAAUAACUAUUCUCUGUUAUUCUAGAGUUA